AUGGCAGCCUCCCAGCUGGCAGCCCUGGAAGAAGAGGAACUAGGGGCCGGGGUGAGGUCCCCUGGCUUCUUGUAUUCUGAGGGCCAGCGGCUGGCGCUGGAAGCCCUGCUGAGCAAGGGGGCAGAGGCCUUCCAGGCCUGUGUACAACAGGAGGGGCUGCGGCCCUUCCUGAGUGGGGACGAGGUCCAGGGCUUGGCUGCGGCUGCUGAAGACUGGACAGUAGCCAGGCAAGAGCCCGGCGGGGCAGCAGAAAGAGCCACCACCACCGAAGGGGACGGGGGCAGUCUGACCUACUGGCCUGGCCAGUCAGAGGAACCAGCGCCCGUGCUGCGACUCGGCUGGCCAGAGGACACUUCCUGGAAGGGCAUCACCCGAGCACAGCUGUACACACAGCCCCCUGGCGAGGGCCACCCGCCUCUCAAGGAGCUGGUGCGCCAGGAAAUCCAAGCUGCCCACAAGCUGGUGGCUGUGGUCAUGGACGUCCUCACUGACCCAGACCUGCUCUCGGACUUGGUCGACGCCGCCUUGCGCCGCUGGGUGCCCGUCUACCUGCUCCUGGACGGCCAGCAGCUGCCUGCCUUCCUGGUGCUGGCCCAGCAGCUGGGGGUGAACCCCUGGGCCACAGAGAACCUGGACGUCCGCAUCGUGCGGGGAUGCACUUUCCAGAGCCGCUGUCGACGGCAGGUGAGCGGCAACGUGCGAGAGAAAUUCGUGCUCCUCGACGGUGACAGGGUCAUCUCAGGAUCCUACAGCUUCACGUGGAGUGACGCCCGCCUGCACCGCGGUCUGGUGACUCUGAUGACCGGAGAGAUCGUCGACGCUUUCAGUCGUGAGUUCCGGACACUGUAUGCAGCCUCGUGGCCACUCCCACCCAUGCCCGCCCAGGGCCCCCUCGUCAGCGUCGCGGGAGACGGGCAGCCGGCCCGCAGCCCACACCGUGUGGCUCACCGCUGCCCUGUAGCCCCCGUGUCACGGCUGCCACCCAAUGGGCCACUGGCCCACCGCCUGGCUGCCUGCCGCAUCCUCGAGGGGGACAGGCAGGAGUCCCCUGCCCCACCAGGGCCCGCUCUCAGUGACAUCCUAAGAAGCGUGCAGCGUGCCCGGACUGGUAGUGGCCCCCCGACUCGGCCCAGCCGCUCCCUGUGGGACCUGAGCCGCCUGUCCCAGAUGUCAGGCUCCAGUGACGGUGACAAUGAGCUCAAAAAGUCCCGGGGCUCCAAGGACACUCCUGCCAAGGCCCUGAUGAGGCAGCGGGGCACUGGAGGGGGCCCGUGGGGUGAGGUGGACACCCGCCCUCUGGCCUGGUCCCAGCCCUGGGGUGGCCCCCUGCCCCUGAUCCCUGCCCGCCGCCACCUUCGCUAUCUGUCCCCAACCCAAAGGAGGUUUGGUGAUGAGGCUGCAUCCAAGCUCCCGGAAUCCAGAGGUUUCCCGCAGCCAGACUGGGCCUCCCGCUCAGGACUUGGAGGGCGACCCUGA